AUGUUCCCCUUCAAAACCGUCCUAAUCACCUUCAUCGAAGGCCAGCCCAUCACCCUCGAAAUCGCCCGCGAUGUCCUAUCCGCCUAUAUUACCUCCGAGCGAGCCAUGAAGACCAUCUCGCACGACAUCGCAGCCUAUCUCGAGCCAAGAAAGUGGUACAGCCUCUCGGGCGCCGCAUCGCGGAAGCGCAUCGCAGACGCAAACUACGAGCUGUUUCGCCAACUCGCACUGCUGGACUACAAGGUCCAGCAUUUCUAUAAGCAGAAGGAGAAAACGUAUGCGCAGACGAGCGUGGCUUACGGUUCUGUCUCUGAUUUCGAGGAAGAUAGGAGCAAAGGUCCAGGUGAACCCAAUCCCGUACCCAAAUCUCGCAGCCUCCCGCCCCCACAAUGGGCUGUGGAGAUACAAAAGUCGGCGGCCAAGACGCGGCACUUCGCUACACUUCUGCGCAACCCUAGUAGCUGCGCUUCAUUAGUAGAGAUCGAAAAGGUGUAUGAUGACAUGCUGGAGGUGUACGAGCUGCAGCGGCUGAAUCUCGUCGCUGUCGUGGGUAUCAUGCGAGGUCGACUUGCGUGGUUCGAUGGUGGAGAUAAGAAGGUCUGGAAGGAGAUGAUGGUCGAGGGGCCACACGUGGGUUGGUGGUUGCCGGAUUGUUUGUGUGAGGUCAGGCCGUUGAAGAAGGUCUAG